UUCUUUUGCAGAGUCUUGCCUUUCUUGAGCCUGAGUCAUGAGUUGGAAGUUCCUCAGAGACCUCCUAAGUGGAGUAAAUAAAUAUUCAACUGGGAUCGGGCGGAUUUGGCUGGCUGUUGUAUUCAUCUUCCGCUUGCUGGUCUACAUGGUAGCAGCAGAGUACGUGUGGAAAGAUGAGCAGAAAGAGUUUGAGUGCAACAUUAGACAGCCUGGUUGUGAAAAUGUGUGUUUUGACUACUUCUUCCCCAUCUCCCAAGUCAGACUUUGGGCCUUGCAGCUGAUCAUGGUCUCCACACCUUCGCUUCUGGUGGCUCUACAUGUAGCCUAUCAUGAGGGUAGAGAGAAAAAGCACAGAAAGAAACUCUAUGUCAGCCCAGGUGCAAUGGAUGGGGGCCUGUGGUACACUUACCUUAUCAGUCUCAUUGUUAAAACUGGUUUCGAAAUUGGCUUUCUGGUUUUAUUUUAUAAGCUGUAUGAUGGCUUUAAUGUUCCCUAUCUUGUGAAGUGCGAUUUGAAGCCUUGCCCCAACACUGUGGAUUGUUUCAUCUCCAAACCCACUGAGAAAACGAUCUUCAUCCUCUUCUUGGUCAUUACCUCAUGCCUAUGCAUUGUGUUGAAUUUCAUUGAAUUGAGCUUUCUAGUUCUCAAGUGCUUUAUUAAGUACCAUCUCCAACAAUACUCUAAAAAGCUUAAGACCUCGGUGUGUGAGUGCCACAACCUCAGCUAUGUCGAACGUGGUGAGAUAGGAGGCCCUCCCUUACUCCAGAAGCACAACUCAGACUCGGCCAUAAGCACAGCCCAGCAACCUGAAGCAAAGCUACUUUGUGACACCUAA